CUCGCGCUAAAAUCACUGAUAUCAGGGACAUGGCACUGAAGUCUUUCAUCGAAGUUCAACCGGAUUCUCACUUCUCCAUUCAGAAUCUCCCCUACGGAGUAUUCAAGACUGCACCUGAUUCGGUUCAGCGACCUUGUGUGGCUAUUGGUGAGUACCUGUUGAACCUCGCUGAGAUCGCCGCCGCAGGCCUUUUCGACGGUUCUCUCCUCAAGGACUCUGACUGUUUUGAUCAGCCUAAUCUAAACAAGUUUCUGUCUCUGGGACGGCCUGCUUGGAAGGAAGCUCGUGCGACGCUUCAAAAACUGUUAUCAUCUACUGAACCAGCCUUGCGUGACAAUGAAGCUUUAAGGUCGAGGUCACUUAUUCAACUGAGAAAAGUUGCAAUGGUUGUUCCCGUGGCCAUUCAGGACUACACGGACUUCUUUUCGUCUAUGCAUCUUCCAGACAAUUCCAGAGCUGCAUCUUGUGAAUCUCCAAACAAAAUUCUUCCCAAUCGGUUCCACCUUCCAAUUGCAUAUCAUGGACGUGCAUCAUCUAUUGUCAUCUCAGGGACAGACAUUGUUCGACCUCGAGGCCAGAGCGCUCCAAUCGUAAACUCUCCACCACACUUUGGUCCUUCCGCCAAGAUGGACUUUGAGCUGGAAAUGGCUGCUGUUGUUGGUACUGGAAAUGAGUUGGGAAAGCCUGUAGAUAUACAUAAAGCAGAAGAUCAUAUUUUUGGCCUGGUGCUGAUGAAUGAUUGGAGUGCCAGAGACAUUCAGGGAUGGGAAUCUGUUCCUCUAGGGCCCUUUCUUGGGAAGAGUUUCGGUACUACAAUAUCCCCAUGGAUUGUUACACUAGAAGCCUUAGAGCCUUUCAAAUGUGAUUCUCCAAUACAGGACCCACCUCCAUUGCCAUAUCUAGCCGAAAAGACAUCCCAGAACUAUGACAUCUCAAUGGAGGUUCUACUUCGGCCAGUUGGCCAACAAGAUACACAAGUGCUAACAAGAACUAAUUCUAAGCAUUUGUAUUGGACGCUGCCUCAACUGUUUGCACACCAUACUAUCAAUGGCUGCAACUUGCAGCCAGGUGAUCUCCUGGGGACUGGCAUCCUAAGUGGACCUGAACAAGAAUCUUUUUCCUGCUUGCUGGAGUUAACAUGGAGUGGACAAAAGCCAAUGGUGUUAUCACAUGGGAUAUCUCGUAUGUUUCUAGAAGAUGGAGAUGAAAUCAUUAUUACCGGUCAAUCCAAGGGAAAUGGAUACACUGUUGGGUUCGGGACAUGCGCCGGAAUGAUUGUUCCUUCGCCUCCUUAAGAAGCUGGAUAUGCUUUGCUCUUGUAAUAAAAUCCGUA